ACUCGCUGCGCCGAACAGCGUAUCCCGGGAAAGCGAAAAUUCGAAUUCGCUGUUCCACGGUCUCGCUAGUCCCCCGAACCUACUAUCCGAGGGCGGACAGCACGAGAAAAACUGAUAUAUUCACGCCCCCAAGAUCAUAAGCUACGGCUAAGCGACGAUAUCAUCGAAGCUACCUCCACUUCCGCGUCCUUGUCGAAGCUCGAGAGAAAUUUAGUGGGGGAGAGGGAGGGACUCGAGAGCGAGGCAGCGCGGGAAGCGGAUUCGUUCCCCAAAAGAUUGAGAUCAAAAUCCCCAUUGAGCCUUCGCUAGGGUUCUGAUCUUUCGAUUCGGAGCUAGGGUUAGGGUUUUACGGCGGCGGAGAUGACGCAGAGCGGCACCGGGGGAUACGGGGGCGGGGCGGACUUCCAUCUCCCGGCCGAGAUCCUGGCGGUGAUCCCGACGGACCCUUACGAGCAGCUGGACCUGGCGAGGAAGGUAACCUCCAUGGCGAUCGCCUCCCGGGUGUCGAAGCUGGAUUUGGAGAACGGGAAGCUGCGGGAGAAGGUGGCAGAGAAGGAUCGUGUGAUCGCGGAACUCCAGGACAAGCUCUCGCAGCUCGACCGGAUGUUCCAGGAGGCCGAUGCCAGGCUGAGAGUUUCCCUCGAGGAGAAUAUUAAGCUGUCAAAGGAGCGCGAUUCGCUGGCCCAGACAUCGAAGAAGUUAGCUCGUGAUCUGGCAAAGUUGGAAACAUUCAAGAGGCAUUUGAUGCAGUCACUGAAUGAUAAUAAUUCAUCUCAGUCACAAGAAACCGUUGACAUAAGGACCUACGAUCAGUCAGUUGCCAAAGCAUCUUCUUGGAAAGAAGAUGAAGGGACCCUUAGCCGCCCUGCAUCAAAUUUAAUAAGUGUAUCUGCAGAAAUGGGAAAUAUGAUUCAAGAUGCGACGAAACCAGCUGGAUCGAAAUUUUUCAUCUCUCCGCAAAUGACCCCACAUCUAACUCCAACUGCUACACCAAAAAUACAGUCAACUAGUGGGUCCCCUAGACAACAUUCUACUGCAGGAUCGCCAAAAUUGACGUCUGGUGCGACUUCACCGUCAAAACCUCGCUUUGAAGGGCACAUUGCAAUGUCACCAUGGUAUCCAUCAAGCCAGCAGUCCUCAGCAGCUAGCUCUCCUCCUCGUGGACGCUCUAUGCCAGGACGCACUCCCCGUAUUGAUGGAAAGGAAUUCUUCCGUCAAGCUAGGUCAGUGUAUGCUUCUGGACAUGCUAUAGUGGAUUACCUAAUGCCAAUUUGUUAUAAGGCUAUUCCAAUGCUUGUGCAUUUCAGGAGCCGACUCUCGUAUGAGCAGUUUGGUGCAUUUUUAGCGAACAUCAAGGAGCUCAAUGCUCACAAACAGUCACGGGAAGAAACUCUAAAAAAAGCAGAAGAGAUAUUUGGUAGAGAUAACAAGGAUCUAUAUGUAUCUUUUCAAAGCUUGCUUAAUCGUAGCCUGCGUUAAAGUUUCUCUUGGGAGACGGAUUUGGUAACAUCAAACUGCUACCAGAAUUCGAUUCUGUUCUCCACAAAGGUUGUCCACUGAGUUCAGUUCUAUUUAGCCCUGCAGAGAUGUCAAGAAGUUCGAGGAAAAAGGUGCUGUUUUAUGCAAUUUUGGCUGUUAAUGCCAAAACCUUUGAAAGUUGUGGGCAUGACAUGGUUAACUAGAGCAAGUUUCAUCCUAUCUGUCUCGUUGAAUGGUCUUGUUGUUAGAUUUUUUUCAAGGAAAAAUAUUGUAGUUGUGAACUCCAUUGCUAGCUUCUCAAUGAAAAUAUAUGGUGGCUUUCAAGCUAUUUUCAAA